UCGCCACUCGACGACGCUACGCCGCUGUGAAGGAAGGGAGCGCCAAAGCUCCAUUGAAUCGAGGGUCCCGAGCUCUGAAGGGCACUCAGAAGCCUCAAUCGGCUCACGGCACGAUGAAGAGCAGUGUUAAAAACAAACUGAACCUGAAGCUUCCCGCCAUCGGUCCUGUGGAGCCUGGAGACAGCAAUGGAAGUGGCGGUGAAGUUCGCCGCCAUAUUACUCGCGACAACUCUGUGGAAGUUGUGAUGAACAGUCUCGGGGAUCUAGAGCUCAACCCAGAACAAAGAGACAGACUGGAGCGUUUCCUCUAUCAAAAACAGAGACUCAAGGGCAAGGAUCUGUGCGCCGAGGAUUUUGACAAUUUGGGAGAGCUCGGUUCAGGUAACGGCGGGGUUGUCGCCAAGGUGCUUCACAGACCAUCCGGUCUCAUUAUGGCGCGAAAGAUGAUCCACCUCGAAGUCAAGCCGGCUACCCGGAACCAGAUCAUCAGAGAACUCCGCGUUCUCGACGAGUGUAACUCACCCCACAUCGUGGGUUUCUAUGGCUCAUUUUAUUCCGACGGAGAAAUCAAUGUUUGUAUGGAAUACAUGGACGGUGGAUCCUUGGAUCUCCUCCUACCAAAAGCAAAAAGGAUCCCGGAGGAUGUUUUAGGGAAGGUCACAAUCGCUGUGCUGAAAGGCUUGAGUUAUCUGCGGGAAAAACACAGCAUCAUGCAUCGCGAUGUAAAGCCUAGCAACAUUCUCGUCAACACGAACGGCGAGAUCAAACUUUGUGAUUUCGGUGUUUCCGGCCAGUUGAUCGACUCGAUGGCAAACUCGUUCGUGGGCACCCGAUCCUACAUGGCUCCAGAACGGCUACAAGGCGAUCAUUAUUCCGUGUCGUCAGAUUUCUGGUCUCUCGGGCUAUCGCUCGUAGAGAUGGCUCUCGGACGGUAUCCGAUUCCUCCUCCAAACCAUCAGUAUCUCUCGAGCGUUUUAGGAACUCCAUUCAAGGGCACCGAAACAGUUAACGUGGACGAAUCGAAUCCACAGAAGGAAUUGUCGAUCUUCGAGCUCCUGGAAUAUAUUGUUAACGAAGCACCGCCCACAAUCCCGUCUGCCCCUGGAAUUUUCACCAAAGAGUUCAAACAUUUCGUGGAUCGAUGUCUCAAGAGGAAUCCUAGAGAACGGGGUGAUCUCAGAGCCUUGACAUCCCAUGAGUGGAUUGCGAUGUCGGAACAAAAGCAAGUUGACAUGGCUAAAUGGGUGCAGGGCGUGCUAAAUGCGGACGCUUCUCCCAAUUGAUUGUUGUAAUGUGGUAUCAAAUUGUGACUGAUUUUACGAAGAGAAAUCAAAAUAUUCCAUCUCAUUUCUGAAUAUGUCGUUAAGGGACACUAUGUUAAAUACAGCAUCUCAUUUAUUGAU